AUGUUCCUGCACUCACUGCUCCAGUUUUCACUUCGAACCUCCAGCUCACUGGAGAAACUUGGACACCAGAAGUCCGGUUCCGUCCCUGGGAGAGACGAGCUGGAGUGGGGCUAUGAGGAAGGUGUGGAAUGGGGUCUGCUGUUCCCUGAAGCGAAUGGAGAGAAUCAGUCUCCCAUAAACCUGAACUCCAGAGAGGCUUGUUACGACCCCCGGCUCCUGGAAGUGGCUUUAACACACAACUACGUGGUGUGUAGAGACUGUGAGGUCAUCAACGACGGACACACUGUCAGGAUCAUGCUCAAGUCCAAGUCAGGUACCCAGCAUGCACCUGGAGUGAGGGAACAGAAAGUCUCUUCACUAUACAUCUAGAGACACCUGUGUAUCUUCUCUCUCUCUCUCUCUGCAGUGGUGACUGGAGGACCUCUGCCCAGUGACCAUGAGUUCGAACUGCAUGAAGUUCGCUUUCACUGGGGCAAAGAAAAUCAGAGAGGCUCCGAACACACUGUCAACUUCAAGGCUUUUCCUAUGGAGCUCCAUCUGAUCCACUGGAACAGCACUUUGUUCAACACUGUGGAAGAUGCCAUGGGCAAGAAGAACGGCAUCCUCAUUAUUGCUCUCUUCGUCCAGAUCGGUAAGGAGCAUCUAGGACUGAAGGCUGUUACAGAGGUGCUACAAGACCUGCAGUAUAAAGGAAAAACUAAAAUUAUUCCCUGUUUUAACCCGAACACUUUAUUACCUGAUCCGUUAUUGAGAGAUUACUGGGUGUAUGAAGGAUCUUUAACGACGCCGCCGUGUAGCGAGAAAGUCACCUGGAUCCUCUACCGCUACCCGCUAACCAUCUCACAGAUGCAGAUCGAGGAAUUUCGGAGACUCAGGUCUCAUGUGAAAGGGGCAGAGCUUCCUGAAGGGAAUGAUGGGUUGUUGGGGGAUAAUUUCCGGCCGACGCAGCCUCUGAGUGACCGCAUGGUGAGAGCUGCGUUUCAGUAAAGCACCGCUGUAGUGACUCGCCAUCGUAAUGCAGAGGAUCACACAGGGCCGAGCUGGAUGAAGAAAACCUGAACCACUUGAUGUGAACACACAUUAGCAUAAUGUAACCUAAUUUCAGAUUUACAACUGAAGAGAAAAUCCUGUCACAUGCCCAGAAUCUGUUACACACUUUCACACAUUCACCAGGUUCACCCAUCCAUCAUUUACACUGACAUAUAGCUUACAAUGCUGAGUAGACAAGUAAUAUCGUAGGUAGCGUUUUAUACACUUGUAGUCCGUUGUUCCAUUUUACCAGCUAAAACGACCAUUUUUUUAAAACUUGCUAACUAGCAUUAGUUAGCAUUCAUGGGUUAUGCUAGCUCUGUAUUAUGAAAGUUAGCAUAGAAUACAAUCUGGAUGUAUAUUUUUGAGGGAGACAUGCGCUACAUCGCUAACUCGUAUUGCACAUCGUAUGAUUUAUUGUAGAAGAAAUGCCCAUACUCUAACUUUUAGUUUACAGCAGUGUAGAAGAUCACCAUCGUAAUGCUUUUACCUCAUUUAUUUACUACAGAAACAAUGUUAUUAAUAAAGGUUUUUAAACUUAA